AUGAACGAAUAUAGUGUGUGCGUACAUAUAGAAAAUCGCACAAAAGCAGAAAACAGGCUCAUGGUUCGGGCCAGCCGCCUGUCUCCUCAGGAGCAAGCUUCUCGGCUCUGCCGCGGCCUCACUACCAGCGACAAGUGUGACCGAUGGGACCCAUUCCUAAGUUUCCAAGCCGCCGGCCCGGGUGACGGCAGAUGUCCCGGGAACACGGCUGGGGCCCCUCGUUUCCCUGCCCGGCUCGGGGCCGCCCCGUGGCUGCGCGGCGCCGGCAAUUGCCAGGGGCAGCAGGCGGCCCAGCACCAGCCGGGGGCCGUCCCGCCGGCCCAGCAGCAGCUGCAGAGCGGAGCCCCCAAGCCGGCGGCCUCCGGCAAACAGGGCAACGUGCUGCCGCUCUGGGGGAAUGAGAAGACCAUGAACCUGAACCCCAUGAUCCUCACCAAUAUCCUCUCGUCGCCCUACUUCAAGGUGCAGCUCUAUGAGCUCAAGACUUACCACGAAGUGGUGGACGAGAUCUACUUCAAGGUUACUCAUGUUGAACCAUGGGAGAAGGGGAGCAGAAAAACAGCAGGCCAGACAGGGAUGUGUGGAGGGGUGCGUGGUGUUGGAACUGGAGGAAUUGUGUCUACUGCCUUUUGUCUGCUCUACAAGUUAUUUACACUGAAACUCACUCGUAAGCAAGUGAUGGGCCUUAUAACUCAUACAGACUCCCCAUAUAUUAGGGCUCUUGGAUUUAUGUAUAUUAGGUACACACAACCACCUACAGAUCUCUGGGACUGGUUUGAAUCCUUUCUUGAUGACGAAGAGGACCUGGAUGUGAAGGCAGGCGGGGGUUGUGUUAUGACCAUCGGGGAGAUGCUUCGUUCCUUCCUCACUAAGCUUGAAUGGUUUUCCACGUUGUUUCCAAGAAUUCCUGUGCCAGUCCAGAAAACCAUUGACCAGCAAAUUAAAAGCAGACCUAGAAAAAUCAAGAAGGAUGGCAAGGAGGGAAUGGAAGAAAUAGACCGGCAUGCAGAACGUAGACGGUCAAGGUCUCCAAGACGGUCCAUUAGUCCCAGGAGGUCUCCCAGAAGAUCGAGAAGCAGAAGUCAUCAUCGGGAAGGCCAUGGAUCAUCUAGCUUUGAUAGAGAAUUAGAAAGAGAAAGAGAACGGCAGAGGUUAGAACGGGAAGCUAAGGAGAGAGAAAAAGAAAGGCGGCGAUCUCGAAGCACUGAUCGCACAGUAGAGCGGAGGCGAAGCAGAAGCAGGGAUAGGUACAGAAGCCGUAGUCGAAGUCGUGACAGGAAAGGUGAUAGAAGAGACAGGGAUAGGGAGCGAGAGAAAGAAAAUGAACGGAGCCGAAAAAAAGAGAGAGAUUAUGAUAAGGAAAGAGGUAGUGAGAGGGAAAAAGAUCGAUCUAGAGAAAGAUCAAAAGAAAGGAAAAGUAAAGGUGAUAUGGAAGACAGAAGACAUAAGGAUGACAAGGAUGACAAGAAACACCGGGAUGACAAGAGGGAUUCAAAAAAAGAGAGAAAACAUAGUAGAAGUCGAAGCCGAGAAAGGAAGCAUAGGAGUAGGAGCCGAAGUAAGAAUACAGGUAAGCGCAGCAGAAGCAGGAGCAAAGAGAAAUCAAGUAAACAUAAAAAUGAAAGUAAAGAAAAGUCCAGUAAACGAAGCAGAAGCAGAAGCAGAGGAAGAACAGAUAGUGUUGAGAAGUCCAGAAAACGAGACCAGAGUCCCAGCAAAGAAAAAUCUAGAAAGCGUAGCAAGAGCAAAGAACGUUCCCACAAACAUGAUCACAGUGAUAGCAAGGACCAUUCAGACAAACACGAGCGUCGAAGGAGCCAAAGUACGGAACGAGAGAGCCAAGAAAAGCAACAUAAAAACAAAGAUGAGACUGUGUGAACUCUUUUGGAAGUGGAUCACAUUGAAUCCUAUAAAUGUUUGAUUAAAUCCUGCUUAUUUUUUCUUAAAGUUGAGAUUGUGCAGUAGUUGAGCACUCUUCUCCAACCUCCCUCUAGGCUGCAGAUUGUCAUUUCCUAUUUUGGGUAGGGAAGUGCCUUUGUAAACCCAUUUGAUGCAUUGACGGUUUCAAACAAUUAGUUUAGUUCGUAAUGCAGAUAUUGUUCUUGCAUUUUUAUUGUUCAGAUGUUUCUGAAAUGUACAGUCUGUACAUAUGUCCUGAAAAUGUUUUAAUUCCUUUGGCAUGGUUGCCAUGUUGGUUAAAUUUGUACGAGGCAAUAAACUGCCACUAAUUCUA